CUCGGCGGGCGACGGACGUGCGGGCCCGGGCUGCCGCUACGAUCGCGCCUUACCGCGAUAUUGUAGAAACAGUUUUCGUUGUGUAGAUUUAAAUCUAUGAAGUGAAACUUUGCGUACGCGUGUGUUGUGUUCAAAACUGUUUGUUAAUAAUAAUCUAACUUUUACACGACUUGGAUUGAGUGGAUACGAAGUUAUUUCUACAAAGUUAUACUUGUUGGAGGAGACAUAACUUUUUUUUGGUGUGAUGCGAGGUCGCGAGUGAAGCAUGGCGCGGGCAGGGACCGUGUGUCUACUACUAUGGCUGUUCGCCGUCGCUGAUGGUAAAGAGACGUCGAGUUCAACGGAGGCGGAUCACAUCACAGCCGCUCCCACUCCACCGAUACCACUGCGACCUGAGUACGCUCACCCUGCGGGAGCCGAGGCAUUAGAUCCUUACAACUCUGAGAACAAUCACCCAGCACCUAACCAUGAAGGUUAUUUAGAAGAGGAUUACGAUCAUGAAUCUCACAAGGACGACGACCACGACAGUCGAGACGACGCAGACGAGCUACCAUCGCUCUCCGGAGAUCAUUUGUUACAAAGUUCAACAGAUGAUCUACCAAUAUUUCUAUUAGAACCUCAGCACGCGUUCGUAGUAAGAAACAAACCAGCAAUGUUAAGAUGUCGCGCAGCCAAUGCUUUGCAAGUAUACUUCAAGUGUAACGACGUGCGAUCUGUCGCCAGCACUCAGUUCGAAUUCGUGGAUCCUCAAAGUGGUGUCAGGAUUGUCGAAGCGGAGUGCAAUGUGACCAGAGACCAGGUCGAGGAGUACUUCAGUGAGGAGUUCUCAUGCACUUGCUUCGCUUGGAGUAGCAGAGGAGACAUUCGCAGUCAACCGGCAAUUGUUAAACUUGCAUAUAUAAGGAAGCAGUUUUCAAUGUCACCAUCGCCAACAUCAGUGGAAGCGGGGCUUACAGCAUCGUUGCGUUGUUCACCGCCAGAAGCAGUACCGCCACCUCGCGUCGCUUGGCUGAAACAUGGCACACCACUGCAACAAGACCACAACGUGGUUAUAUCGGCUGAAGGCAACCUCGUCAUAUCUAGAGCUACGUUACAGGACAUGGCUAACUACAGUUGCGUGGCUGAAAAUAUCGCGGGCAAGAGAGUCUCGGAGCCCGCGCUUUUGACGGUUUAUGUGAACGGUGGCUGGUCGCCUUGGGGUCCGUGGACACAGUGCCGCUGCGGAGGGCGCGCGGCGGGCGGCCAGCGACGCACACGCACCUGCACUGAACCACACCCGCUGAACGGCGGCGCCCCCUGCCAAGGACAAGCUGUACAAAGAACCAACGACUGCGUACCCUGCCAGAGUGCGUUGCCUGGUCGUUGGGGCGCAUGGUCUGAAUGGUCGGUGUGUGGAGCUGACUGCAGGCAGACGAGGCGCCGUGCGUGUGCUGGAGACACGCCCUGCGCUGGCGCACACACGCAGCACGCUGACUGCGUCGGAGAUUAUUGCGGCGUGCAUGGAGUUGCGGCGCACAGCGACAUCCCCCUGUAUAUCGGCAUCGCGGUGGCCGUCGUGGUGUUCCUGUCAGGCGCUGCUGUCGUCUACAAACUGCUGCAAAGGAAGACCAGGGAUCACUCACUCUAUACUAUGACUAGAACAGAUUUCCAACCAGAGAUGUAUCCGACUGUAGAGAAGCAAUCGCUAUCUCUCGCGCCGGACCUGAUGCAGCACCGGCCGCCGCGCUACGAACACCCCCCACCCGACACCAGGGCCGAGCAUCACUACGAUGUACCGCAUCUCACUAACAGCUACGCAUCCCCGGUAGACCAGCAGGUGACUCCGUGCGCUUCCAGCAAGGGACAGAGCGAUGAAUACGACAGUAAACCCUACAGCGAAUCAGAACAUUCCGUCUCCAGUUGCUUCACUAGUUCCGGGUCUAUGUACGACGCGGCGAAUGAGUCGGUGACGCUGCAACUAGCGGAACUCGUCUCGAACUCACCCACGUCGCAGUCGCUGUGUGUGUCUGGCGCUGGCGCGCGGCUCGCGCUGCCGGCUGCCGCGGUCGCGCUCUCCGUGCCUGAGGGGGCUCUUGGUAGGAGCCGCCGCGAACAAAUGUACGUCGCUGUCGUCAAAGAUGACAGAUACAGAUUCAGAGUAGGAAAAGGCAUCACGCAACUAAGUCCCGUAGUGAAGUGCGGCCCGCCGCGCCUGCAGCUCAACAAGUCCGUGGUGCUGCAGAUUCCGCACUGCGCCAGCCUUAAGCAUGGCUUCUGGAAUCUAUCACUAUACGCUAUAGACCAUAACAACUCCAAAUCCGACAACGCUUUGCCCCAGUGGAAAAAAGUCGUCGGCCUCGGUCAGGAGACUAUCAACACUCCAGUAUUUACUCAAUUAGAUAAUGACAAGAUAUUCCUAGUUACCGAUAUAUUAUCUACUUUUGUUUUGGUCGGAGAAAGUUUUAACGGUAAGGCGGUGAAAGCGCUGCAGCUGGCGAUCUACGCCCCUGCCGUACCCAAUGAAACGUCUGGCGAGUACAGCAUCAGGCUCUAUGUGUUCGAGGACACUCCGUGCGCGCCAUACUACUGCCAGGAACAGGAGAAGAAGUUGGGUGGAGUGCUCAUCGACAGACCGAAGACGUUGCUGUUCCAGGAUGGCGGCUCCAAUCUCUGCUUGAACAUGGAGCACGUCAGUCCCGGUUGGAAAACCAAACCGGGCUUCGGUUACCAAGAGAUACCAUUCAAUCACGUAUGGAGUUCCAACUACAACGCUCUCCACUGUAGCUUUGUUUUAGAACGUACUCAUGAUUGCGACAGCAUCGAUUUUAGUAUUUCAGCAUGUCAAAGAACCAACCCAACUUAUAAGCAGAUGUUCCGAAUAUCACUGGAAGAUAUCCGAAGCCGCUCGCCACGCGGCCGAUCGCCACGUGCAGAAUCUCAGCGUAGCUUCAAUAUAACAGAGAACUUAAUAGAAUCACGGAUGUGUAGGAGUGAAGAGGGGAGCGAAGGCAGCGCUAAGCGGAGCGUUACUGUGAGCGAAGCGGGCGUCAACGAGUGUGCGGGUGAAGGACCUUUUAAGUUGAGCGCUCGCAUAAAGCGGCAGCUGUGCGCUAUAUUGGACCCGGCGUCGCGGCUCGGAGUAGACCGGUACACAACGUGGUUUGCUACAAAGAGCUCGCCGACUGAGGCUAUCCUGGAGCUGUGGGAGUGCCGCGAGCGCGCGCCCGGAGCCACGGCUGCGCUUACCGCCGCGCUGCGCCACAUGGACCGCCACGACGCUGCAGACCUACUGCACUCCCGACCCUCCUGGUUAUGAAUCUCUCACCCGCAACCAUGUAUAGAGACCUAAGUCUAUCGAAUAGACAUGUUUAAAUAGAAAGUUAAAACGUUUUGUUGAGUUAAGCGUAGUUUAAAUGUUUUGUUAGAGAAAAUAGUUUCGUAGGCCAGCGGCCUAACUUUGUAAAAUCGUGGUAGAUUAUUUUGUAUAGAUAUUACUCGAGCUGUAGAUAAGCGACGGAAUAUAUAAAUUAUAUUAUAGUAGCAAUAAUAGUGCCUAAUGUCUUUUAAAGAGAUGCCAACUUACGGUUGGUGUACAGAUGGUUAUUUUGUUAAUUUUUAUAAGUGUUUGAGUGUUCUUUGUAAUCGAAAUAUAUUGCUAAGUUCUUGUUUACUUCGCUUGCGCACUUUUUUGUUUUCGCAACUCAAGAAUUAGAUGUACGUGCCAAAUUCGCGAUGCCACCGACUCGUUUGGCAAUAAUGUUUUAAAUUCUACGCAACUGUUCAGAGCUUAAUGUAAUUAGAAAUAGUUUAGUGUUUUCUUGUUUCUCACUGUCAAUCGAAAGACUUGACUCUAAUGCAUUUAUUGUCCUAUUUAUAACUAUAAUGUACUUCGAAACUUGAACCUAAACUGCCCCUGAGAUAAGAAUUGUUGUCUCAACCUCAACAGAGUUCCCAGAGGAAAUGUUAGAUUGUGUUCUAAAUUUCCUAUCUAUGUGUAAGGUAAAUAGAUUGUAUAUAAUAGUAUCGCAGUUGCAACCAGUAGACGUUGUAUAUGUACUAACCAAUGUUUAUGUAAAUGGGACUCAUCACCGCCGUAGACUAUACUUAUAUAUAUUUUUGUUAACGUGAUGACUUUAAAAAUAAAUGGAUCUGUGAUACUUAAAAUAAUAUGGA